AUGAAGUUCCAACAGCCAUGGCAAGGGACUAAUUCUGGUCAAUUCUCCGGGAAACUCAGAGCUAUGUGGGAUAAGAUUACGUUCUCUCGUCUUACAAUCUUUUAUUUCGCUUUCACUAUUAUCCAUUUUGCCAUCCAAUUUUCUCUUCAAAUUCGUGCCUUCACUAUCAACGCCGAAGCUGCCUACUUUUUGGAUCACAUCCUGGAGGAGGGGAAUGCAAAGUCUACAAGCCUCCCGUUCCAAACGAAGAGCACUGAACGGCCGCCUUCCGCGGAGUAUCCCAGUUCUUUCGCUUCAACGUCUAGCAAGCCGUCAGUGUCCACGACGACCAUAUUCGUUCGUCCUGUUUCGACCGCUCCCCAACCAACUGGCGCUAUUGAAGACGAUAACGACGACGACGACGACGACAAUGACGAUGGCGACAAUGAUGUGGAUGAGGACGAGGACGAUGGGGGCAUCGACAGGCCUCGAGUACCCGUCGUCAGCAACCAGGCAACCACGAGGAAUAGCCUGGGGGCCACUCAAAUGUACAAGCGCGAGCAUUCAAUUAUUCUGGACGGAGAGACGGUGACGUUGAGCGAUACCUGUCUUGACGCGCUCAACUGGCCUGCUUCACAGCUCCACAACACCAAGCGUGAAGAUAUUGUCUUUAUCGCCUUCCAAUUCUGGGUCCUUGGAAUGUCUUUCAUCGCCCUCCUCAACGAAUCUAUUCCUCAUAUUUUGGCGUCCCUUCUCACACAUGUCAUGGUAACUGCUUGGGUAUCCUUCCAGGUUACUCAAACAGAGAUCUUCCGCCGGAACUUCAACCGUAUCAUCACCAAUGGCGCUUGCCGGGGAACCAAUCUCCUCCCCGAUUUCUGGAAAGCGCGAGCUCUCGCAGAGUAUCCAAGCUUGGCCUUACAUGCUGUCGCUCUCAUUGUUUCAUGCGUUCUUACCUGGAAAUUGGUCAAGUUGUACGGAUGGCAAACCUUCAAGCGGGUUGGAGCAUCGCUCAAGAUCAACCGCAUCUACAAGAUCAUGUUGAUCCUCAGCGUCACCAUUCAGCUCUCAUUGUUCUUCAUGUUGACAACUGUCUGCUUGUGGAUCGACCAGCUCUUCAAUAGCGCUAUCGGAGACAUCGCCAGUUUCACCACCUUGUACAAGGUGUCUUCCUUCAUUACCCUUGCACUUCUGGUCCCGUGGCUUAUGAUGGGGUGGUUUGCCGUUCGACGUGAACUUCGCCUUCCAAUGUUCUUUUUCCUGGUUCUUUCUAUUCUUUACCUCACCGGCUGGGGCGUUAUGUUUUUCUCGACCACCUUCCGCUGGACCUUUGUCACCUGGAGGUUCUUUGCCGUCAUGGCCAGCGCCUCCGUCUUCCUCACUUGCGUGUCCUUUAUCUUUGGGAUCAUCUGUCGCUUCAAUUUCGGCAAAGGACUGCUGAAGUACCUUGACGCAAACGACUCGGUCGUUGAAGAUGACCGCUCGUCCGUUUGGAACGAGAAACGGGACCUUGAGCAUUACCCGUUCCCCUCGGUGGAGUCCUUGGUUCCUACCUUCAGCUCUGCGUACGGUUCCCAAGACCACUAUGUGCAAGGCCCCACGGCUUCCCAGGGUCCCCGCUUCUUCCAGUCCAACCCAGAGCCAUAUGAGACCGGUCCUCCUGGACUUGCUUCUCCCCCUCGAGCUGUUACUCGAAACCUCAACGACGUCCCGCAAAUGAGGCGGAGCGACAGCAGCGGAAGUGAGAAGAGCCAUGCGAGCUUUGUCCGCGAAAUGCAAUCCCGUGGCUCAGAUCACAUGCGUAAGGGCAGUCAAUCUUCUUCGCAAUCAUCCAAGCGAUGGGUGAUCGAGUAG